CUCCUCCUCCUGCUGCUUCCUCCCUCCAACUGCCGCAGCCCCGCGAGCACGUGCCUCCGUCGCCCCCCUCCCCUUCCGUUUCCUCCGCCGCCGCGACCCAGCCCGACCCGGACCGCCGGAGAUGGCCACGGAGGGGCUGGUGCCCAUCACGCGGGCCUACCUCGCGCGCUACUACGACAAGUACCCGCUCCCCCCGCUCCCCGACGCCGUCACCGACCUCGCCGACCGCCUCCGCGCCCUCUCCGCGGGCCUCGCCGCCGUCGCCCCCAUCACGCCAGAUGAGGAGCUCUUGGAAAAAGAAGCAAGUGGGAUACCUGCCCACAAAAUUGAUGAGAACUUGUGGAAGAACAGAGAACAGAUGGAAGAAAUUCUGUUCUUGCUUAGCAAAUCUUGUCGUCCUGUUGCACUUCAGCAGAAUUCCACGGCAGAGGACACACAGACAUUUUCUAUACUUGAUGAUGUUGAAACUAAAUUGAAGGACAUGUUGAAGAAGUUGGAACAGUUUCAAAUAAAAAAUGCUGAUAAUGUUUUCAAUACAGUUAUGACCUACAUGCCACAAGAUUUCCGUGGCACGCUAAUCAGGCAACAGCGAGAACGAUCUGAGAGGAAUAAACAAGCUGAGGUAGAUGCUUUAGUACUAGCUGGUGGAAGCAUUCGUGAUCGAUAUGCAUUGCUGUGGAAACAGCAAAUGGAGAGGCGAGUGCAAUUAGCGCAGCUUGGUUCUGCAACAGGUGUAUAUAAGACACUUGUUAGGUACUUGGUCGGCGUCCCACAGGUUCUGUUGGACUUUAUUCGGCAAAUUAACGAUGACAAUGGACCUAUGGAAGAGCAAAGAGAGCGUUACGGGCCAGCACUCUACACUCUCACUAAAUUGGUGCUUGCAAUUCGGUUGUAUCUACAUGUAUCCCUAGCACGAUAUGGGCAGAGGAAAAUAGAGAAGGAUGACAUUGCUGUAUUGCAGCAGGCGGUGGUUAUCUACACCGAGGAAUUUGAGAAGUUCACUAAAUUCAUAGGUGAAGUUUUUGUGAAUGCCCCAUUCUUCAUAUCUGCUGAGGAUGCAGGUGCUGAGUCAAGGAACAGCGACGAAUACAAAGAAACCAUUAUUCCAGCAGGAAAGACACAUGAGGUUAUUCUUAGUGUCGAGGCUAUCAACUCAUAUAUUGCAUGGGACUUCUCCUUGCAACAAGGGGCCCUCAACAUGGUGUUGGACAUUGGUUUUCAUGUGGAGUACAUAAGCCCAUCAGGCGAGAAAACUUUAAUACUUCCCUACCGACGAUAUGAAGCCGACCAAGGUAACUUUUGCACCGUCUCUGCCGGAUCAUACAAGCUUGUAUGGGACAACUCAUAUUCAUCGUUCUUCAAAAAGAGCCUCCGGUACAAGGUAGACGCCGUGCCGCCGGUCGUCACACCGGCCGAGGCCGCCGCGGAACCCUGAUGGAGCCUGCUCCCAUAUGAAGCGACAAAGGGCCAUUUCCUGCGACGGAAUAGCCGCGCAGAUAUACCACAUGGCCCCCCACAGAAAUGUUGUAACCCAAUUCUUUUUUACCAAGCCGCGCACGAGCCGCGGCGCUGUAAUCCUCAGGGUAUCAAAACGAUACAACACACACAGCAGCUGCAGCUCACGGGUGUACAUGUGAGCGCAGGCAACAUAUAUGUACCUUGGUGUGAUCAUGUUACGGAAACUCGCUGAUGAUAUGCAUUGACUUGACUGCUUCCAUACAAA